UAUUUUUUUUUUUUGAAAUGGCAAUUUAAUUAAUAAAACUGAUAAAGAGUACAACUUAAAUUUACCCAACGGUUUAACCCGACAACCCAAAUCUGAUCAAACCAGCUGAAAAUUUAUCCAUCUCAAUGAUAGAAAUCGCUCUUCACGUCUGAUCUUCCACUUGCCAGCCCCGAUUUGAUCUCUUCAGUAUCCAUUCGUCAUUAACGAACCUCAUCAAGUUCUCAAAUAUCGCAUUGCUGAUUCUAAGCGGUUCUCUAAGCUUGCACCAAAGAUCAAACAGUGCCGGAUCUUCAUUCUCCUCUUUAUUGUUGGAUGAUGUGAAUGCGAUAUUCAGAGGUGUGGAUCAAUCAGCUUGAUUGAGGAUAUGGCGUGGUUUAGUGGGAAAGUGUCUCUGGGAAACUUCCCGGAUUUCUCAGAGGCAGUGAAUAAGCUGAGUGAAAGUGUGAAGAACAUUGAGAAGAACUUCGACACCGCUCUUGGGCUCGAGGAGAAAUCCGAUGGCAGUGGUAGCGGCAGUGAAUCAUCAGGAGGACUGUGGCCAUCUACGGACAGGAAAGCACUGUUUGAACCCAUUAUUGGGUUAAUGGGGCAGAAAGGUGGGGAGGAUACCGUUGAUUCACCAGAAAAGCCUACAUUCUCAAAGCCAGAGUCUCCGGUCAAGGAAAAGCAAGUUGAGAAUGAAAACUUAGCGCGUGAAGAAAUUGAUCAGGUUCUUCAUGUGGAACAAGAAAAUGAAGAUUUAAAAAUUGCAGAAGUAAAGAAAGAAUCUGGAGAGGAAACAAAAGCAUCCACUGGGGAGUCCAAAGAAAAUGCUGGUGUAGAACAUAUUCAACCUGAGGUGGAUUUGCCUUUAGUUCCUGCCAAAUUUCCCGAACAAAAACAUGAAGAGGUUGAGCAAACAGAAUUCGCGGAAACAAUUGCAGAGGAGAGGUCAAAGGAAAUAUUUCCUACGUCUUCUGAGUCGGUACAACCUGAAUCUGCACACAAUUUUCAGGAGAGAUCAGAUGAAGUUCCUCCUGCACAUGUUGAGUCACUUCAACCAGAGUCAGCAAAUCAUAUUGUUGAAAAUGAGAUUGCUGCUUCUGUGCCUUCAAAAGAUGCUGAAACUAGUUUUUCAGAGAGUUCAAAUGAAAAAAAUGUUGAAAAAGAAGGCUGUAAAGAUGUUUUUCCAGCUCAAGAUCUGGAUGCGCCACCUGAAGCCACAGAGGAAAACAAAGAAAUGCCUGAAUCAGAAGUUCCUGGAGAGACCAGAGACGCUGAAGAUAAUUAUCAAGACAGGUUGCCUGUUUUACAGUACAAGGAUGUGGAAGCUUCAAAAGAAGCUUUGGAUAUGGUUAGGACUCUGAAUGAUACCGUGUCUAAACCAAUUGAGCUAACACAGAACCCAGACAAAAAUCCUCAUGCGAAAGAACACCGUCUAAGUACUGGAAGCAACAUGCCUGAUAGUGCAGACACAAUGUCAGAAGUUGAGAAGUUGAAAAAGGAAAUGAAAAUGAUGGAAACUGCAUUGCAAGGAGCUGCUAGACAAGCUCAGGCCAAGGCUGAUGAAAUUGCCAAGUUGAUGAAUGAAAACGAGCAGCUAAAAUCUGUAACUGAUGAUCUGAGAAGGAAAACAAAUGAAGCUGAAGUUGAAUCUCUACGGGAGGAGUAUCAUCAGAGAGUGGCAGCACUUGAAAGAAAGGUUUAUGCUCUUACUAGGGAAAGAGAUACACUGCGUAGAGAACAAAAUAAAAAAAGUGACGCUGCAGCUCUUCUGAAGGAAAAGGAUGAGAUAAUCACUCAAGUGAUGGCUGAAGGUGAAGAGCUCUCAAAAAAGCAAGCUGCUCAGGAAUCUCAAAUUAGAAAGCUCAGGGCACAGAUAAGGGAACUUGAGGAAGAGAAGAAAGGAUUGUUAACAAAGCUACAGGUUGAAGAGAAUAAAGUAGAAAGCAUAAGAAGAGACAAGUCAGCAACUGAGAAGUUGCUCCAAGAAACUGUAGAAAAACACCAAACUGAACUUGCCACUCAAAAAGAAUACUACACAAAUGCUCUGAAUGCUGCAAAAGAGGCUGAAGCAUUAGCUGAGACACGUGCAAACACCGAAGCGAGAACUGAACUUGAAAGUCGACUAAGAGAGGCCGAAGAGAGGGAAAGUAUGCUAGUUCAAACACUUGAAGAACUAAGGCAAACUCUAAGCAGAAAGGAGCAGCAGGCAAUUUUUAGAGAAGAUAUGCUUCGCAAGGACAUCGAAGAUCUUCAAAGGCGAUAUCAAGCAAGUGAACGUAGGUGUGAGGAGUUAAUAACGCAAGUUCCUGACUCUACCAGACCUCUUUUAAGGCAGAUUGAAGCAAUGCAGGAAACAGCCUCCAGACGGGCUGAAGCUUGGGCUGCUGUUGAAAGAUCUCUAAGCUCCCGUCUUCAGGAAGCAGAGGCCAAAGCUGCAACUGCCGAGGAAAAGGAGCGUUCAAUUAAUGAGCGUUUAGCUCAAACUCUGUCUCGAAUAAAUGUUCUUGAAGCUCAGAUUUCAUGCCUUAGAACUGAGCAGACUCAGUUAACGAGGUCCCUUGAAAAGGAGAGACAGAGGGCAGCAGAACAUAGACAGGAAUAUCUUGCUUUAAAGGAAGAAGCUGACACUCAUGAAGGUCGUGUGUGUCAGCUUGAAGAAGAAAUUCGGGAAGUUAGGAGAAAACACAAGGAUGAGUUGCAUGAAGCUAUGAUGCAUCAAGAGCUACUUCAACAGGAAAUCGAUCGGGAAAAAGCUGCUCGUUUGGAUCAGGAAAAGGUUUCCAGCCUCCCGCCUCUUAAUAUACCUGAUCAAAGCUUCAUAGCUAGGCAAAAGUCCUCUGCUUUUGAAAAUGGUAGCUUGUCCCGUAAGAUCUCGAGUGCAAGCAGCUUGAGCAGUAUGGAAGAAAGCUAUUUUCUGCAAACCACGUUGGGCUCAUCCGAGAAUUUUUCCGAACGUAGAUCCAUGGCUGAGGGUCCCGUGAGCCCAUACUAUAUGAAGAGCAUGACGACAAACACUUACGAAGCUGCCCUUCGUCAAAAGGAAGGAGAGCUUGCGUCAUACACAUCUAGACUGGCUUCUAUGGAAUCGAUUCGGGAUUCUCUUGCGGAGGAGUUGGUUAAGAUGACGGCAGAGUGCGAAAAGCUACGGGCAGAAGCUUCUAUGCUACCUGGAAUACGAGCAGAAUUAGAGGCACUCAGGCGGAGGCACUCUGCUGCCUUGGAGUUAAUGGGUGAACGUGAUGAGGAGUUGGAAGAACUUCGUGCGGAUAUAGUUGAUCUGAAGGAGAUGUACAGAGAGCAAGUAAACUUACUUGUCAAUAAGAUUCAAAUACUGAGUUCGUCUAUUGGCGCUGCUUGAUAGACUAUCGAUCACUGGACCAUACUUCUUCUUAUUUUCACGAUACAGUAAUAUGUUGUGGCAUUGAACAGUGCAUUUGCUAACAAAUGGAUUUGUUUUGUUUGUUUUUUAUUUUUAGUUUUUAAUGCAUUGUAAUUAUGUAUAGCAUGACAAUUUCUGUGUGUUGUAGCUUUGGAGAUAGAGCAUUAAUCAUUGAUUUUUCUUUCCUGAUAUCAAUUAUAUAUAUGACCGAUUCCGUAUCUGUUGGCUAUGGCUUGUUGUUCUCCUUUUAUAUUCUCAGUCUUAGACGUGUUUCACUUGAAGACGCGUGUUUCUUUUAUUUGUUGUUUUCCGUUUUGCUAUCAACUACGCCACGCGUUCAGCUAGGAUUAAUCUCCAAACAGCCUGUUGGAGAUAUUUUCUUUUUUGGUCGUUUUCUCUUGUAUAAAAUCCAGAAUGCAACUUUAUGUUUGCUAAUUGAAUUCCAAUUUGCUGUGGUUGAGAUCUCAGAUAUUUUAUCUUUUUUCGCCAUUUUCAUGGUAUCAGAGUUAGGUUAGAUUUGCUCACAGAUGGCGAAUCCCUGGCAUAACAAUUCGAACUGGCCGCUGCUGAAUGUCGGAGAUGGCAAAUCGGCGACGUCGAGGUCCGCCGCAAACCUCAAAGAUCCGAUUCAUCUUCAAACUCCGACAAUCCAGGCAUGAUUUUAGUAUCGCACCAACUCACUGGACAAAAUUAUCUUCCAUGUUAACGGUAAAAUUCCUAAACUCGAUGAGACUGA